AUGGCAUCUUUUGCUCCGGUCGCUUCUGAACGUGUCAAGAAUCAUAAACCAUCAAUUUGGUUAGUUUUAUAAUUUUGUUUGAAGUAUUCAAAACUAUCAUUAUUUGUUAUAGGGUCGAAUUCACAACUUUGGCUGCCGAAUGUCAAGCUGUCAAUCUUGGACAAGGCUUUCCUGACAGCCCAGCUCCAAAAUUUGUCACAGACAUUUUGAAAAACAUCUCGGAGCAUCCAGAACUUCCAGCUUGUCAUCAAUACACAAGAGGUUACGGACAUCCACAACUUGUUGGAAUUCUUGCCAAAAUGUACAGUAGUCUUUAUGGUGUUAAUGUCAAUGCUAAUGAUGAGGCAAGAAAUCGUUAAUAGGGAAUGUUCAAGAAAAAUAUAUUUUCAGAUUCUCGUGACAGUUGGAGCUUAUCUUGCACUUUAUUAUACAAUCUUGGGAUGGGUUAACAAAGGAGAUGAAGUUUUGAGUAAGUGUUUCAAUAAUUUGACAUCAUAAUUUUGAAAAUGAGAAAUUGGGUAACAGGGAAAACAUUGGGCAGAUCAACUGAUCGAAAAGAAAACAUCUAAAAAAAUUAAGGCCAGAGUCUGAAUCCGUAAUCAAUUUUAACAGAAAUUUCGAAUAGUCUCAUCAAAAUUAUCGAUUUUCAGUCAUCGAGCCAGCCUAUGAUUGCUACUAUCCUCAAGUAAAAAUGGCUGGCGGUGUACCAGUUCCAAUUGUAAUGUCACUUCCACAAGAUGCUACCAGCGCUUCGCAAUUCACUAUUGAUUUCGAUGCGAUGGAAAAGAAGAUCAACAGCAAAACCAAGGUACCCAAAACUUUUUUGAAAAUUAAAAUAUCUCCUCACAUCAAUAUAUAAAUAUUUUUAGAUGUUGAUUAUCAACAAUCCACACAACCCAACUGGAAAACUGUUCACCCGCGAGGAACUCGAAAAACUUGCCGAUAUUGCCAAAAGACAUAAUUUGUUGGUUAUCGCUGAUGAGGUUUAUGAGUUCCAUGUUUGGCAAAAAGAAGAUAUGAUUCGAUUUGGUAAUUAUUUCAUUUUGAUCUACAUACUUUUUUGAUAUCCAAAAAAUGUAAAUCAUAAUGUGUUUCUUGUUUCAGCCAGUCUUCCUGGAAUGUACGAGCGAACAAUUUCAAUUGGAAGUGCUGGAAAAGCAUUCUCCGUGACUGGAUGGAAAUUGGGAUGGGCUGUUGGACCCAAAAACUUGUUAGAACCUUUAAAAGCGAUUCAUCAAAAUUGUGUCUUUACUUGCUCGACACCAACUCAAAAAGGAAUUGCUGAGGCUUUCGAAGCGGAGUAAGUUAGAACACCACCUUUCAAAAGAAAAAAUUAAAUAUAGUUUGGUGAUAACAAUCAGUAACUAUGAAUAAUAUGUUCAGAAUGUGAAUCUUCGGAAUUUUCGAAACAGUCAAGAAGUUUGAUUAACUUUCCCUUUUAAUUUCCAAUUCCCCAGAAACAUUUCAUCGACAAUCCCUAAUCCCUAUUACAAUUUGUCUACAAAAACAUUCGUUCAUAUGUACUGAAACUUUCAGACAGUGUAAAUAUAAAACUGAAUAGAUAGAUAAGAUAAAAAAAUGUGAUCAAAAUGACCAAUUUGCAGCUGGCCAAAAUUCUUGUCGGAUCCACAAAACUCGUAUCUCGCAACUGGACUCUCAUCGGAACUUAAAGCGAAACGCGAUAAGCUUGCGAAAAUGUUAACUGAUGGAAAUUUCCGUCCAAUUAUCCCUGAUGCUGGAUAUUUCAUGUUGGCUGAUUAUUCGCACUUGAAAACUGGUUAGUUUUUUUGGUUUCUGUUUGUAUCUUUUCUUUAUAUGAAACAAAACAAAACAAAAAUGAAAGAAUAUUAUGAAGAACUUCAAAAGUAGCGUGUUUCAGGCCAGGAAUUGAAAGGUCACGAAGAUCCAGCUGAUUUCAUUUUUUCGAGAUGGUUGUGCAGAGAGAAAAAAUUGGCGGUCAUCCCACCAACCGCUUUCUAUUCCGAACCGGAAAUGAAAAACAAAAAUGAUCAUUUGGUCCGUCUUUGCUACUUCAAGAAGGAUGAAACUCUCGAAGCCGCUGAAAAAAUUCUCAAGGAACUUGGACACCAUUAA